UUUACAAAAUUAAAUGAUUUUGAACCUGUAAAUGGCAAACGUUCGCAACUUGCUGCAACUAGCGUUGGUGAACCCGAAGAGAUAUUUAGUGCUAAAGAUCCAAUUGAAUCAAAUUACAAUGAAUAUCCAAUGAUAGUUCCGAAAAAAAGAACGUCUUUACUUCUCGAUCGAUUAGUGAUGGCUUUACACCACGCCUUAGCAAAAAAACAAAACGCCAGCCAAUUUAUCGAUAAUGUGCAGUCGGAUCGGAACGAUGCUUAUUCUCGAAUUCGUUAUGAUGAAAAUGAACUUAAGAAUGGAGAGACAAGCAAAGAUGCACCACUUAAUGAUGACAUGUACAGUGAUGAUGAGCCCGAUUUGGGAAUGGACUAUAACUUUAGAGAUCUGAAUUCCAUACAUCGCGCUACAGGUCAAACUGUAAGUUGGAUUAUUAAAGCCUAG